UGUAAAAAAUCCUUAUCCUCUUCGUUCUGCUUCUCCUCUGAAUGCUCUCUGAAUGAUGGAAGGAGCUUGCAUGGUCGUCAAUAGAGCCUUCCUCUGGUCUUCUCCACGUGAAACCAGAUUGAUUGAGAAAUUAGGAGUGAAGGAUGUUUGGAUAAAGGGGUUGUCAUAUGAUUCAAUGAGUAGAGUAUCAAGGAGAAGGUUCAUAUCACAAUUUGUGGGUUUUGGUGGAGCUUUUCUGUAUGUUAGUCCUGUUCUUCCUGCCCCAAUGCUGGAGAAGGAAUCUGAUGUUAUUCGGUACCGGAAGCUGAGUAAUGGAGUUAAGAUUCAAGAUAUUGUCAAAGGGGAAGGAAUAGAGGCACAUGAAGGGGACUUAGUUGAAGUUAAUUAUGUUUGUCGACGCUCUAAUGGGUACUUUGUUCAUAGCACUGUGGAUCAAUUCAGUGGUGAGAGCAGACCUGUUAAACUUCCUCUGGAUGAUGCAGAGAUUAUUCAGGGUUUGAAAGAUGUUUUGGUUGGAAUGAAGGUUGGAGGUAAAAGAAGAGCACUGAUACCUCCAGAGGUGGGAUAUGUCAGUGAAAACUUGAAACCAAUCCCUGAUGAGUUUGGCCCAAGGAGAAGCCUUCUCUCUCAUGCAAAGGAGCCAUUAAUUUUCGAGGUUCAACUCUUGAAGGUCUUAUGAUGCGCAUUUAAUCAUAUUAUGAGAUUCAAAUCAAAAAAACAUUGUAAGAAAUCCCCAACAAUG